GGCGCGGGGGAGGUGCAGUCGCCCAGGAGGAGGGGAAGUGUUCCGGGCGGAGCGGGUGGCGACCAGGGGACUGUACCUGGUUGCCUUACCGAGCAAAGGCAGCCUUCAGUGGUGUAAUGAACCUCGUGUCGUGAACCCGCCACCUGAGUGCCAGUACUUGGCGCUCUGCAGUUUUAAUGAAAUCUUUAAAAAAGGAUAAAGAUAAGGCGCUCUUUAAAUGCCUCGCAAUACACCUUUGAGCUUUGGGGCUGAAUUUGGGAGUUUCAUAUCAAGCAACUUCCCGAGCCUUUAUUGCCACGCCUGUGCACGUGUACGUGUAAGGGGAGAAAUUCAGGCAACUCCAUGCAGUUUCGUAUCGAGAUAUCUGGGGUCGCGUGUGCUCUGCCGGAACCGGGCUUGUACAGCGCUCAGUCCGGAGUCCUGCUAGGUGGACAGGAUAUUAAAAUUUUAAUAGAAUUGAUUUGACUACUUGAACCACUGGGAUCUGGGGAGGAACUCCAGAUUUUUCAUUUUUAAAGAAACACUAAAUGUGAGAAGUUGACAGAAUGGAGAACGAAAAGGAAAAUCUUUUUAUUGAGCCACACAAAAGGGUACUGAUGAAGUCACCUCUGAAGGAGUCCACCAAGGAGAACGUAGCGCGGGCUGACCUAUCCUCGCCUAAUCUGGGCCCUUUGACCACACCCACCAAACCCAAGGAAGUCUCCCAGGGAGAACCAUGGACGCCAACAGCCAACCUGAAAAUGCUUAUCAGUGCAGUAAGCCCAGAGAUCCGAAGCAGAGAUCAGCAAAGAGGGCUAUUUGACAACAGAAGGGGUUUACCUGAGGCUAAAGACUGCUUACAUGAACACUUCUUUGGAGAUGAAUAUGAGAAGUCUCAACCGAGUCGAAAAGAGAAAAGUUUAGGGUUGCUAUGUCAUAAGUUCUUGGCUCGCUACCCUAAGUAUCCCAACCCUGCUGUGAAUAAUGACAUCUGUCUGGACGAAGUUGCAGAAGAGCUCAAUGUUGAACGUCGCCGAAUUUACGAUAUCGUGAACGUCCUAGAGAGCUUACACAUGGUGAGCCGACUCGCCAAAAACAGGUACACGUGGCACGGACGACAUAAUCUCAACAAAACCCUUGGGACUCUCAAGAGCGUCGGGGAAGAGAAUAAGUAUGCCGAGCAGAUUAUGAUGAUCAAAAAGAAAGAAUACGAACAAGAGUUUGACUUUAUUAAGAGUUACAGUAUAGAAGAUCAUGUCGUCAAGUCAAACACUGGCCAGAAUGGACAUACAGAGAUGUGUUUCGUUGAACUUCCUGGAGUGGAAUUUCGGGCAGCUUCUGUAAACAGCCGCAAAGACAAGUCCUUAAGAGUAAUGAGCCAGAAAUUUGUGAUGCUGUUCUUGGUGUCGACGCCUCAGAUCGUCAGCCUAGAAAUUGCUGCCAAGAUUUUAAUUGGGGAGGACCAUGUGGAAGACCUGGAUAAAAGCAAGUUUAAAACAAAAAUUAGGAGGCUGUAUGAUAUAGCUAAUGUUCUAAGUAGCCUGGAUCUUAUCAAGAAAGUUCAUGUUACAGAGGAAAGAGGUCGAAAACCAGCUUUUAAAUGGACAGGCCCGGAAAUCAGUCCAAGUACCAGUGGCUCCAGCCCAGUCAUUACUUCUGCCAUCUCUGACUUGGAGAUGAGGAGGUCUGCAAAAGAGAACUGUGCCAAAAACCUCUUUUCCACUCGUGGGAAACCAAACUUCACACGACACCCAUCUCUUAUCAAACUGGUAAAGAGUAUAGAGAGCGAUCGGAGAAAGAUAAAUUCUGCUCCCAGUAGCCCUGUCAAGAACAAAGCUGAGAGUUCUCAGAAUUCUCCACCCUUCCCGAAUAAAAUGGCUCAGCUUGCAGCUAUUUGCAAAAUGCAGCUAGAAGAACAAUCGAGUGAACCCAGAAAGAAAGUGAAAGUACAGCUAGCAAGAUCCAGGCACUACAAACCAGUGGCCCCUCUGGAUGCAUCAGCAAAUGCUGAGCUGGAGAUGUCACCAUCCCUCAUCCAGCCCCUGGGGGUGGUGCCCCUGGUCCCCAGCCCAUUGUCACCCGCAGUGCCCGUGAUCCUACCUCAGGCCCCCUCCGGCCCAUCCUAUGCCAUCUACCUGCAACCUGCCCAAGCCCAAACCAUGGCACCACCCCAAGGCCUGAGCCCCGCAGUCUGCCCCUCCUACUGCUCUCAAGUUACCGGAGCAAAAGACUCCACAGAUGCCACCACCAAGGCCACCAGGGAUGCCACAAAGUCCAGUGGCCCCUGCAGAUGCGAAAGCUUACUGCCAGCACCAGAGAGACAAGGUGCAAAGAACCAAACCAGGGAGGCACCUGGAGAAAGGGGCUCCAAGAGGUCCAGCUUGUUUGAGGACUGUGUUUCUAAAAAGAAAUAUAAAGAGGACCUAAAAGGACUCGACAGUGUGGCCGCGACCUUGUUCCCAUCAGGAUACCUGAUCCCUCUCACCCAGUGCUCAUCCUUGGGGGCAGAGUCCAUUUUGUCUAAUAAAGAAAGCUCAGGUACACUUUCCCCAAACCACAGGCUCUACAGCUCCCCGAUUGCAGGUGUUAUUCCAGUGACAUCCUCUGAACUCACUGCUGUGAAUUUUCCCUCUUUUCAUGUGACACCUUUAAAGCUAAUGGUCUCACCCACUUCUGUGGCAGCUAUACCUGGUGGGAACAGCCCCGCCCUUGCCUCGAGCCAUCCCAUUGCCAUUCAGAACCCAAGCUCAGCCAUUGUAAACUUCACCCUCCAGCACUUGGGACUCAUCUCCCCGAGUGUGCAGAUGUCUGCCAGCCCUGGACCUGGGACCGGAACCAUUCCUGUGUCCCCGAAAAUAGAAGCAGUUAGUAUCAUACCAGAAAAUGCAGGCUCUCAGCACAGAAGGGUUACCGGCUCUGACUCACCAGUCCCGGGCCAGAGCCAACCAAAUGGACAAUCCGUCACCAUGACAGGGACACAACAGCCCGUUCCGGUGACACCCAAAGGAUCACACUUAGUGGCCGAAAGUUUCUUCCGUACCCCAGGUGGACCCACCAAGCCGACUGGCUUGUCCUGUGUGGAUUUUGAUGGUGCUGGUGCUGAUAAAACCUCUUUUGGAAGCCUCUUUGUUCCACAGAGAAAACUGGAAGUGUCAACAGAGGAUGUCCACUGAUUGACAGAUGUUGGCUUAGUUUAAUUUUCCAAAGACUUAUUUAGCAGCGAAGAUGUGUACAGACUGAUUUGGAGAGCACAAUCUCCAGAAAUACUGUAAAUAUGUUGGAUGUUUACAUGAUAUCAAAGCAGAUACUUGUUUUUGUACAUAUAUAUAUAUUUCAUACAUAUAUAUAUAUGUAGACACAUAUGCAUUUGUAUAGGGCUGAGUUUAGCCUUUUUAUCCUACAAAAUAAAAGUAAAAUGUUGAGCUAAAAUAUAUU